AUGGCCUCAUCAUCAGCCGCCGCCGGCCUGCUGGCCCGCCAGCUCAAGCAGAUGCAGAACGACAAGGACAUACCAGGAAUAUCGUGUGGGCUGGUGGACAACAAUGUAUUCGAGUGGGAGGUCAUGCUGAUGAUCAACGAUGACACCAAGUUCUAUGGCGGCGGCUUCUUCCGCGCACGUCUCACAUUCCCGACCGACUACCCGCUAAUGCCUCCGAAGAUGCGCUUCGAGACGCCCAUCUUCCACCCUAACAUCUAUGCCAACGGCGAAGUCUGCAUCUCGAUCCUCCACCCGCCCGAAGAAGACAAGUACGGCUACGAAUCAGCAGCCGAGCGCUGGUCACCCGUUCAGACCCCCGAGACCAUCCUCCUCUCCGUCAUCUCCAUGCUCAGCAGCCCGAACGACGAGUCACCGGCAAAUGUCGAGGCAGCGUCAAUGUGGCGCGACAACCCCGCCGAGUUCAAGAAACGCGUGCGGAAGUGCGUGCGGGAUAGCUUGGAGUUUGAGUAG